GUUGAAUUUGGUGUUGUGGAGGUCAUGAGUCAGUCCUGGCUUCUCAGCAAAUCCAAUCACUGAAUCAGCAGGCUGUGACCUAGUCCGCUGGGCAAGUAGACCAUACCAACUGAAGAGAUCUUGAUCUUGUCCCUCCUGCAUUGGAGGAGAGAGAGAAGUCUAAAGACAAGUAUCUCAUACAUUUAGAUUGUUUUAAUCCUGAUUCUUCUAGACAUCCUUCCACCCUCAAAUUUUAGAUAUGAAUCAAAACAGCGAAGGAUGUAUGAAAAAGAUUAGCAAUGUGAAUCUUGACAAACUUAUAACUGACUUUUCACAGAUAGAAAAGAAAAUUAUAGAAUCCAGUGGGAAGAACAAUAUCCUGAAUAUGCAGUUAGAAAAAGCUAACUGUUUAUUAAGAGUAAUGCAAACAAAAGAGGUCUCAAUGAAACAAGAAUGUGCUACUCUUCAUGAUAUGAUAAAAGGGCUGCAGCAUACCAUUGAAAGUCAACAUAAUUUGAAGGGUGAAAAUGAACAACUAAAAAGAAAUGCUGAUCUUAUGAAAGAAAAGUUUAAAGUGCAUGAACAGGAACAUAGGAGUAAUAUCGCCAAACUUAUGAGUGAAAUGAAAAUCAAAGAGGAGGGACAUAAGAUUGAAAUGACAAAACUUUAUCAAGAUAUGCAGAAUAAAGUCAAAUUAAGCGAAGAAAAGAAUAAAGAACUGAUAGAGAAAAAGGAGUUGGAAAUUUCCGAGUUAAAUGCAAAGUUAAGAACUCAAGAAAGGGAAAAACAAAAUGAAAUGAUCAAACUACAGCUAGAGUUUGAUGCCAAGCUAGCAAGAGUUCAAACUAAAGCAAAGUCAUAUCCAGAUUCUACUGUUUCGCCACACAGUAUCUACAAAAGGAAACUUCAACAUCUUCAGGAAGAAAAAGACAAGGAGAUUGCAGUUCUUCGUAAUACCGUUCAUGAUUUAGAACAACGCCUCUCUGUCAGCAAAGAUUCUCAAGUUAAACUUGUUGGCAAAGAUUCUCACUUUAAGCGUAGACGGUUUUGAGUAGAUUCAUUAGUUGCUAUUUAACUUCUUUAAAAGCAGUUGAAAAUUAAUUUUGAUUGUCAAUAUAUCACACUACCUAAGUAAUAACAACAAUGAAAACAAAAAGC